GAGGAGGACGGAAAGUGUCAUUUGCUCAUUCGUUAAAGUACGGAGCAUGUUAGGGUAAUAUUUGUUUACAUAUUGAAAGCGUAGGGCCAGCAAUCAUAAUUAAGUCUACUAAACAGCUCUAGGCGAUAAAGUUAUGGAUACGAGCUAACGUUAGCUACCUGAAUGUCUUUCAGUCAGUUUCAGUUGUCAGAAGUUGACUAGUUACAAGCUAGCUUCUACGUAGCUAACGUGAGAGAGGACAGGCUGCGGUGGGUUGCGGCCAACCAGGAAAAAAAAAUCACGUCUGUCGAGCUGCGUGAUUUCUUGUUUGGGAGGAAAGGAGCUGUUUAAGAUAAACGGCCAUGGAUCCAUUUGACAGUAACAGUUCAGACCGAGCUAAUCUUCCAAGGAACAUGAUUGAGAACAGCAUGUUCGAAGAAGAGCCUGAUGUUGUGGACUUGGCCAAAGACUCCACUGCGUUUCCGACGUUUCCUGCUCUUGACCCAGAUGAUGUGGUGUACGAACCUCGUAGCUCACGGCUGCUUGUGCGAGGGCUGGGAGAGAAUGAUAUGGACGAGGAUGAGGAGGACUGUGAGUCCUCAGCCCGUCUGCUGGGCAUGUCCUUCAUGAACCGCAGCUCUGCGAACAGACCCAGCUCUUCCCCUUACACCAGACAGCCUCCUCCAAGGUCAUGUUCACGACCCUCAGCCCGCACCAUGGUUGUAUGUGUGCUAUUCCUGGUGAUCGUGGCCUCUAUGACCAUGGUACUGUACUUCUUGCCUGGAUGCACCUUUACCAAGACGGGUUGUCGGAAGACCAACCAAACCACUCCCUUAGUGCCGGUCAACCCCAAAUCUUCGAGUGGGGAACCGUUUCCAUGGAACGGUUACCGGCUGCCUCAGAGCGUUCAUCCUCUGAGCUAUGAAGUCACCCUGAACCCUAACCUUGAUAACAUGACCUUCACCGGCUGCACCGUCAUCCACAUGUCUGUGCAGCACAACACCAAGCGCAUCGUGCUGCACAGCGCUAAACUCAACAUCACCAGAGCUACCUUCAAGCUGGGUGAAGGAGAGGCUGAAGCUGUGACUGUCCUGGAGUACAUACCCAGGCAGCAGAUAGCUGUUCAGUUCUCUGAGGAUCUGAAGGCAGGCCAGUCCUGUGUUCUGACCCUGGAGUACUCUGCAAACCUCUCACACACCUACGGUGGUUUCUACAACAGCUCAUACACGGAUAAAGAUGGGAAAAAAAGGGUCUUAGCAGCAACCCAGUUUGAGCCACUGUCAGCGAGGGAGGCCUUUCCUUGCUUUGAUGAACCAGCUUUUAAAGCCACCUUCCUGAUUAAAAUCAGCAGGAACACAGACUUCAUGACUCUUUCCAACAUGCCUUUGGCUAAAAGCACGCCGCUUGCAAAUGGCCUCGUACAAGAUGAGUUUAAAAAGACCAGUGUCAACAUGAGCACCUACCUGGUGGCCUUCAUCGUCGCUAACUUCACCCCCAUGAGUAAAAAUGUCUCAGACACGCUGGUGUCAGUGUACUCUGUGCCAGAGAAGAAGGAGCAUACUGAUUAUGCUCUGGAGACAUCCUCCAAACUGCUGGCGUUCUACAACGACUUCUUUGAAAUUAAAUACCCCCUUGAAAAACUAGACUUGGUAGCCAUCCCUGACUUCCUGGCAGGAGCCAUGGAGAACUGGGGACUGAUCACUUUCAGAGAAACCAGCCUGCUGGUGGGCCAGCAUUCCUCUCCUCUGGAAAAACAAGUAGUUGCAUCUGUGGUAGCGCAUGAGCUUGCCCAUCAGUGGUUUGGAAACUUGGUGACAAUGAGCUGGUGGAAUGACCUGUGGCUGAACGAAGGCUUUGCCACGUACAUGCAGUACAUGUCGCUGCAGGCCGUGAUGCCCAACCUGGACAUCGGUAAUUUGUUCCUGUCAGUACGCUUCAGAGCCUUGGACAAAGAUGCACUGAACUCCUCCCACGCCAUCUCCACCGAGGUUAACAAGCCGGAGCAGGUGGAGGAGAUGUUUGACUCUGUGUCCUACGAGAAGGGUGCAUCCAUUCUCCUGAUGCUAAAUGCCUCCCUGCUUGGGGAACAACAGUUCAGAAAGGGUAUCAUUGAAUACCUAAAGCAGUUCAGUGGAUCAAACACCGUCACCAACGACCUCUGGAACAGCCUUACACGGGUCGAGGUCUCGGCUCAGCACCUGAAUGUGUCGGAGAUGAUGAGCUCGUGGACAUCACAGAAAGGCUUCCCGUUGGUCACCGUUAGCCGCAAGGGAGAUGAAGUCACCCUCACACAGGAGCACUUCCUGCUCACCUCUGAUGAUGCGACCCACACUUCUAACUUGUGGAAUAUUCCAGUGACGUACGUGACUGACAACUGCAGUGUGGCCCCUGAGUGCCGACAGGUGUUCAAUCUGAAGACCAAGUCAGGGACUCUAAAGCUAGCAGAAAGUGUAAAGUGGCUGAAGCUGAACUACAGAAACACAGGCUUCUACAUCGUCCACUACGGAGACGAGGGCUGGGCUGCUCUUAUCGAUGCUCUGAAAAGCAACUUCAGCGUCUUUACACACGAGGACCGUGCCUCGCUCAUACACAACAUGUUUGCUCUCUCCAGACUGGGACGUGUGUCCUUCCAGCAAGUCCUCAACCUGUUGCACUACAUGUCCAAUGAAACUGAGACCACCCCUGUGACAGAGGCCUUGAUGCAGCUCAAUGUACUCUACCAGCUGCUGGACAAAAGACAAGAGCAAGAUCUUGUGCCCCGAAUGAAGAAUUAUGUCAUGAAUCAGUUCGGUUCUCUGAUGGACAAGCAGACAUGGAAAGAGGAGGAGAGUGUUUCUAAGCAGGAGCUGCGAGCGGCCCUGCUGGGGGCGGCAUGCAGUCUGGGGGAAGAAAACUACAUAAACCAAGCCAAAGAGCUGUUCAAACGUUACCUCAAUUCCAGUGGUACCCAACAGAUCCCAGGCGAUCUGCAGCAGGUCGUAUUCACUGUGGUUGGGCAAUCAGAUGAAGAUUGGGAUGCCUUGUUAACCCUGUACAAACAUGCCACCUAUGAUGCGGAGAAGCGAUCCAUGCUACGGGGCCUAGCAUCCACUCAGGACGCACGGCGUAUCACGUGGAUUCUGAAGGCCGGUCUGCGGGGGGAUAUCAUCCAGACUCAGGAGCUGCCUCUGGUCAUCAGCACUGUGUCUAACAGCUUCGCUGGCUACCUGUUUGUCUGGGACUUCAUCCAAGAGAACUGGGACCGCCUCAUAGAGAAGUUUCCUCUGGGCUCUUUCGCCAUCCAGUCAAUCAUCAAGUCGGCCACCUCUCAGUUCUCCACACAGGCACACCUUGAUCAGGUCAAGGGUUUCUUUUCCAGUCUGAAGGAGCGUGGCUCUCAGAUGAGGAGCGUGCAGGAAGCUCUAGAAACCAUCAGGCUGAACCAGCGCUGGAUGGAGAAAAACCUGUCCAUGCUCCAAAAAUUGCUCUAAUAACGGCUCGCUACCACGUCUCCGCCCCGCUGACAUGCAACAUGUUGCCGGGGCAACAACAGUGUUUGCACUAUCGUAGGACUUUGUCUCUUAACUCCCUUUAUCCAGGCCAGAGUACCGUUUCAAAGCCGAGGUUUUGCUCUGCCUGGGUAGACAAGAUGAUAUUCUUUCCGAGAGUGGUACUGUGAGAUGUAUUUGCUCAGGGCGGCUCUGAUUGUGCGUCCGACAGGAAGUUGUCGGAUGAAAAACAAACACUCCUCACACUUGAUGCUGUCGACCAAACCUCCCCUCCAUGACUUUCAUCUUAACCUCACGGCAGACAAUCACGCUUCACCCACACUCCUCCGCUCAGCCUGCUCUCAGGCUCCUAACUCUGAGGCCACUUGACGAAUGAAGAAUGUCAACAUGACUGUUUGUACGUGCUGUCCGUCAGUCCAGGACUUUAUCUCAAGUCGUCGGAUAUAUGUUAAUGCAGCUGUCAGGGAUUCUUCGGCGAUGAGAAGUUAAAAUCACCGGUAUUUUUUUAGACAAUUGUUCUUAGAAUUUGACUAACCUUGUGUCGCCAUGUUACAAAAUAGCUGCUUCUCGUUACUGAUGAGCGUUUUAGUCAGGAUUUUGACGAUUGGUUGAUUGAUUGAUUAGAAUACCAAACUUGUGUUGGCGUCGAUUGAAUGUACUGAAAAACCUUCCCACUGUGUGCAGUAGAGGGCGUGCUGUGUGCAGCACAGGUCUAAAUCAACAACCAAUGUGUCUUAGGUCAGAGCUGGCAGUGAACACUGGAGCCCAACGUUUCCUUUUUUCUUCUUCUUAACAUUUUCCCAGUUUCCUCUCAACAACAAGCUAUGUUUUGCCUGCAGUGAUCGUACAGACUCAUGUUGUGUUUGUAAACUUGUAUUCAUAAUGUAAAUACUCUAGAGUUUUAACCUGCGACCUUGGUUGUACUGUUUUGAUAAUCAUGACUUUUAACAUUUGAGGGAUUUGCUUUUGUGUUGUGAGUGUGAGUGUGUGUGUAUAUAUAGAGAGUAAAGAGAAGGAAAAAUCCAACUGAAUUAAUGAAGAGUCUCGGUCAAAUACUUCUCGAUUGAGACCAUCCGAGCAGAAUAGUUUGCUGCUGAAUUUUUAUGUUUUAAGGGCUUACGUGUAUAUUGAAGACACAGAGGGUAUAGAAGGACAUUUAUUUUGGGAAAAACUGCUGUGUUCAGUAAGCUGUUCCAUGAAAAGACAGAAGGUUUAAAGUUACUCCAAUGCUAACCAGUCCUGUUGCUCCUAUCCUAGCUAUUUAUUGAGAGUGUCUUAACAUGUUUCCCUAACUUAUGUUCUAAGCUAAGUAUACUUACACUGUGCUAUAUCUAAAGUGGCACUGCUUACUCCAUCCACACUAUCACUGUCGUUGAGUAAAUACAGUAGAUUAAGUAGUUUCCAGCAUCCCUAACAUCUUCGUGAGGCUUGCAUCUCUGUUUUUGGUUCUCAGGCUAUCACAUUGUUUCCUUUAUUUAAAUUGUAUUAAAAUACAAACAGUGGUCCAAUCCCCGCUUGUGUUACCUCAGCACUGUGUACACUUUGGUAUUCGCACCAGAUACUCGCACUGGUUGGUCGAACAGGCUGCCAGGAGGCGGGGGGGUAGAGGGAAACCCAGCACACGUUAGACCUGCUUACUGGGGGGAAAAAACCAUCUAGAAAAUAGUGAAACAAAGGCAGGUGUGGGGGAUAGCAGAAUGGAUCACAGUACAGAGAAUUGACUCUAAACCCUGACGCUUAUAGAACUGUGCUUUCAAAACUAGACAAAGGUACUGUAGAGGUUAUUCACAGUAUUGCCAUUGACUUGUUCCAUAUAGUCCGUCAUAGCGUGUUAAUGGAAUUUAGAGAGAUGCCUUCUAUAUACAUGUUUGAAAAAGUGUCACUUGUUUUCCCCCAGCCACCAGCAAUCAGACAAAUGAAUCAGCUUUACUGAGGCUCUGGGAUUUUUAUGUUCCAUCGUGUUUUGUUUAGAGAACAGCGGUCUCAUGUGAAGUCAGUUGCAGUAAGCUUUAAGAGUCAGGAGUUGCUGAAGUCCUGCAGGUAUGAGGUUUAGUGACGGGGCCGGUUGGAAGGGAGGAUUGUAGAGAGUAGAGAAUCACACGUGCACCAAAGGUAUCGGAGCGUCUUUGUUUUUUGCACUGGGAUAAAAUGCUGCAGAUGCUUUUGUGACUGUGUUGCUCUUCAUGUGAAUACAAAUAAAAAGUUGUUUUCUCAUAA